CACGCGAGAGAGAGAGGAGAGGGAAAGCAGCAGCAGGAGGAGGAGGAGGAGGGGGGAGAGACAGGGUGCUGAAAAUGAUGGCGACCGAUGCAGAGGAGAUAAGAACCCAAACAAGCCCCUGCCCCAUCCCCGACAACAGUCUCAGCACUCUGUCCAUCAAAAUCACGCGGAAAAACCAGGACAGACACUGGAAGUUGCGGUUUAUUUACCUGCAGUGCUAUUUCUUGACCAUUGCAACAAUACUGGGAACUGGAAUCUUAGGUCUUCCAGUGACAAUAGCCCACGCUGGACUUGUGCCUUUCCUCGUCUCGUUUCUUGUUGGCUUCUUUGUUCAGGCCUUGCUUAUCUACCUGUUCGUUGAACUUCUUCAGAAAUGUCAGGUGGUGCAGCUGGAAUCUCUGAAGACAGGUGUUGCAGAGUGUAUUGUCAUGGAUCAGGUGGGUGUGGAGGCUCCAUCGCCCACAGAGGAAGAGGACGAGGAUGAUUCCAGUGAAAAUGCAGAAGCAGAUACUGGUCUACUUCAGCCUGAUUCAGUAUCUUUGCACAACCAAGCAGAGAACCUGCAGCCAAACCUUCAUCUGCUCGGCCACCUCUUCCUCUCCCGGCCAAUGAGUCAUGCCUUCAACUGCAUCCUCCUCUUCCAGUUUAUUUCUAUUGGAAUAAGUUACGUCUUAGCCGGCAGUGAGGCCUAUGCUGCUCUUCUGAAUGUCAGCCACAUCUACGUCAUCCCCGUCUUCACCUGGAUUCUAACUCUUGCCAUCUUACUGGCCCACACAGUCAUCCAGCCAGUCACGUCGCUGCUCACCCUGCUGAAAGGCAUCCUGCUCAUUGUCACGGUGGCUGUGACAUUCGCUGUGGGGUCAGAGGUCGGCCUUCAAAGCAGCAGUGACUUCAGGCAGAUGGGGAAACCUUUCCUAAUGGGCACAGUGGCUCUGGGAGGGAUUGUAAAUGUGAUGCCGCUGCUCUUCUCACAGAUCUCACACAACAGAACACAGAUCCUGUGGUUUCGGAGAGCAGUGCUCGGAGGUCUGACAACCUGUACUGUGCUCAACAUCCUCUGGUGCUGGGCAGUGCUGGAAAUCGUCCCCCAGACGUCGUUAUCAGAAAGACGGACGCCGGCUGAGACGACGACCCAUCCCGACCUCGGCAGCCUUCCUGGUCCUCCUCCGUCCGUCUCUCCUCUGCUGUACUCCAACAUCUCACUGGAAGAGUCUGAGAAAGCAGGAGAGAUUGCAACUAUUCCACUGACGAAGAUUAUUAAUGAACGUUACAGGGCGUACUCCUGGGUGGCUGAGCUGAUCCAGGUCUUCAUCGCCAUCAGUGUCACCGUGUCCUUCCUGGUGAUGGGAUCUGCCAUGAAACACACCAUUGACGGCCUGGUGGCGGCGCUGUGCAGCAGCAGGCUGGAGUGGCUGUCCAAAGCCUGGGAGAGAAACCUGCCAAACAAACAGCGCGUCUGCUCGGCGAGAAGCUUGGUCAAAGGAUUCAUGUCGCUGCUCGGAUUCACGAUUAUUUUUAUCGUGUCGGUGUGUGAUCCCAGGGGUUUUGUCGUCAUGUUGGACAAAGUCGUGUCGUUCUCACUCAACACUGAAGUCGGCCUGUUUGUCUUCAUCAUGCUGAGAGAAGCCAGAGAGGACAGAUUCCAGCACCUGGCCGUCCCUCUGCCGGUGGGCGACUGCGUCUUCAGCCUCAGCUGGCUGCUGCCCUGCUACUUCCUGUUUGCGGUCACCUACGACGUCCUGCAGACGCUGGCGGACGUGGCUCACUACCUGCACCUGUACAGCCAUGGUCUGGAAGCACACGUCCACAACCUGACCGAGAACUUAACGGCAGCCAAUCUGUCCGUCCUGCUCUGAUCCCUCGCCGCAGAACAGACGCAGCAGCAGUUUCAAAUAGCCAAAAAAAUCAAAGUGCUUUUAUAUCGUAUUCAUACUCAUCAAGCUCCUGAUACAGUUACAGAAUAUUUUACAGACGAGCGUUUUCAUUGUUUGAAUGCUUUUGCACUCUUUUCUUUGUCUUCUUGAACUCCAGUGGCCUCCCUGCGCAUGCAAGCUGUAAAACUUUUUCCUUUUUUUUUUUUUAAAUAUUUAAUAUUCCCAAUUAACUGGGAACAUUUUGGGGUGCCGGAGGAUUUUUUCCCACCAGGGGCCAGAUGUGUGUGGACGAGACGUAAGCACAAAAUAAUUCAUAGGCCAGUAAAAAAAAAAAGAUAGAUUUGUGUCUGUAGCAGCGUGUGUUCGGGGGUGAUAUUUGAAGAAGAAAACUCCAGACGCUGAAUGUACAGAGUCUGAUGCAUCUGGUCCCCGGUGCUGUGCAGCUGUUAAUAUACAAGUUUGACUGAAAUACUAUUUAAUCACAUAUACAGUAGGUUAAGUUAUUAUAAUGCACUCUGCAGAGAAUAAAAUGAUAUUUAUGUGAAUGAAAAUGUAAUAUAAUUAUGUUCACUUCUGCUCUAUUAUGUAAAAUAUGAAAUUAGCCAAUUCAACUGUUGGAGUAAUUUAUUAAGAAGGACUGACACCUUCAUCCUCUUCAUCCUCUUCAUCACCUGUCACUGUACAGAUGAACCAGAAGUUUAAUGCUGUUUGGUUUAAUCUCAGAUUUCUACCAUCGACUGUGAUCAUUUGAUCCGUCCGGCCGUCUGUGGGGAGGGAAGAUGGAGCUGACUGAGGAAAUACUGAUGUGAGAUUUGACUUGGCUGAUAUUUUUACAACUGAAAAGCUGUUUACGGAUCUAUAGUCAGACCAUUAACGCCUCUCAUCCACACAACGCAAAGGACUUGUGACGCGUGAUGCAACUGCAGCUCGUGUUUCUAACAUCACCUGUCAUGACAGCGACACUCUCAAACUGCAUGUUCACAGAUCAGAGUAUCGUUGUUUCACACCGGACGAACCCUGAUGUUAGAAAGUUAGAUCAUCUGAUGUGACGGCUUCUCACCAACAUUUAGCCUCAGUCUCAUGUUUGCUUUCACAUCUUAUACACACAUAAAUCAUUUAGCUGUGGAUUCCAGUCUUCUGUCUCUACAGUAGACAUGAGUCACCUGAGAGGAGCCAGCAGCAGGUUUCAUUCAGGAGAGACAAAAAUCCAAGUGGCUGCAACUUCCUUUUGUUCUCCUGUGCAAACAUGCACGCCGCUUUAGUUUCACGUACACAGAAAGCACCAGCAUGAGGGAAGAUCGAGCUUUAUUAAAGCUGUUACUCUUUGUUUUGACCUGAAUUAAACACGGAUUCUUUAUUUUUCUUUCUGUCUGAGUCACACACUCACAAAUAAAAACUCCAGACUCUUAUCAAAAUAUAUUUUAUUCUGGACUUUUGUUCCACUGAUCUGACUGAAAUGAUAACAGAUCGAUGUGAUGCGAGUUGCAGGAAAAAAAAAAAAGAAAGAAAGAAAGAAAGAAAAGGAAAAAAUAAAAAAAGAAAUCAAAGGCUUGGAGACCCCGCGGGAGAGAAGACGCUGCUGGGCUGACAUGAUGCUCUGUGGUGACAAAGACCCGAGGACGGCAUGAACACACCAAUCGAAUCAUCAGAACUGUUGGCUCAAGUGCUUCAAAUACAGGAAAA